CAUACAGGCAGAGAGAGAGAGAGAGAGAGAGAGGAGAGAGAGAGAGCCUGGUUUGGAGGGAAGCAAUAAGUAAAUAUAUUUAUUCCCCACAGAUACAGUUUAGCUUGACGAUGAAGAUUCAUUGCUCUCACACUCCCUUCCACUUCACCCACCGCUCCGCACUUCCACCCCUAAACCCUAAUCAAUUCGCACUCAAUCCAAUCCGCCACCUCUAGAUUUCUAUUUCCUGCGAUUUUGUAUCAUAUAAUUUGUGUUUUUAAUUUUUUUCUGUAAAUUAUUCUUAAUUUUGACGGCGCGACCAUGUCGAAGAUGAAACACUUGCUGCGGAAGCUGCACAUCGGCGAUCACCAAAACCUGGGGCGGCAACCGCCCCCGCCCGUGCUCGAUCAGCCAGCUCAAACGGCGUCGUCUCAGCUGUCGGCCUCGUCGUCGCCGUCGCCGUCCCCCUCCCCGUCGCCGCUGCCCGAUUUGCCGCAGGCGGCGUCGUCUUCGUCGGAGAACGAGGGCUCGGGCACCAAUUUCAAUUACCUCGAGGAGGAAUUCCAAAUGCAAUUGGCGCUGGCAAUUAGCGUUUCGGAUCCAGGUCAAACCUGCGUUGACUCGGAAACGGCUCAAAUCAACGCUGUUAAGCAGAUUAGCCUCGGCCGCUCUCCUUCGCAAAGCCUAGCUGAAUUUCUAUCGCUCCGAUAUUGGAGCUGUAAUGUUGUAAAUUAUGAUGAGAAAGUAAUAGAUGGGUUCUAUGAUGUUUGUGGAAUUGAUUCCAGCUUGAUGGUGCAAACCAAAAUGCCAUCCCUAGUAGAUCUCGAAGCAAUAUCUGUUUUGAAUAACGUUGACUUUGAGGUGGUUUUAGUCAAUCGUGGCGCUGAUUUGGAGCUUCGGAGACUUGAAGAAAUAGUGCAUUUUAUGUCCAUAGAGUGCCUUGCUCUAAAUACGAGCCAGAGUACAAGUUCUCUAGUUCAAAAAAUUGCCGAUCUUAUUGUUGAAAGAAUGGGAGGUCCUGUUAGUGAUGUUGAAGAGAUGUUUUGGAGGUGGAGAGCACGAAGUCAGGAGUUAAGAGUCAACUUCAAUACAGUCAUCCUUCCCCUUGGUUCUCUUGACAUUGGCCAUUCACGCCAAAGGGCCUUACUCUUUAAGGUACUUGCUGAUAGGGUUAACAUUCCAUGUAAGCUAAUCAAAGGGAGUUAUCAUACUGGCACUGAUGAUGGAGCUGUAAACUUGAUAAAAUUGGAUAGUGGAAGUGAAUAUAUUAUUGAUCUAAUGGGUGCUCCUGGGGCUCUCAUUCCUGCUGAAGCACCCAGUGGGCGUCUUCAAAAUCUCGGGUUGGAUAUCACAACUGUUGCAGCAAUGGGCAUUGGUUCAUUUUCAGCAGCUGACCAAGGAGCCAGAGCUGAAUCAUCUUCAACUUUUGUGGAUGAAACUGCCAAAACCGAAAGUUCAAAUCCAGAAUUAUCUCAGGUUGCUACUGCGGCAAAUAGAAACGGCGGUAAAUUUGCUGGGAAAAUCCAGUCGGAUCUGUUGGAACAUGCUACUGGAGAUAUUUAUCUGCCUUCAUUGGUUGCUGGAAAGAAAACAAAUUUAGUAGAGUUGCGGGUGGAAGAUGUUCCCAGGAAACAUACAGCUGAAAAAUUUCGUGUGCCACUAGAUUCAGUGGGAUACAGAUCAUCUUUUGGUACCCAACAUGAACAAAGGGUAACUUUCGAAGACAGAAAGGAUGAAGCCGUCCCAAAUGCUGGUGCUGCAACUGGUAUUGAGCUUAUUGAUUCUUCUGGAAAUGGGGAAGCUAUAGACAUAGCCUACACUGACCAGUCUAAUGCUAACAAGAUUCAAAAUAUGCAAAUUGAUUCUGCAAUAAAUGGAGUCUCCGAAAUGUUAUGGGAGGAUCUUCAGAUUGGUGAACGCAUUGGUAUAGGAUCUUAUGGUGAGGUCUACCGAGCAGAAUGGAAUGGCACGGAAGUUGCGGUGAAGAGGUUUAUGAAACAAGAUAUAUCGGGCGAUGCACUAGCACAGUUUAGAUGUGAGGUUGAGAUUAUGUUGAGGUUGAGACAUCCAAAUAUUGUUCUUUUCAUGGGAGCUGUGUUACGGCCCCCAAAUAUGUCCAUAUUGAUGGAAUAUCUCCCAAGGGGUAGCUUGUAUAAGCUGCUGCACCGUCCAAAUAUCCAAAUCGAUGAAAAAAGGCGAAUAAGAAUGGCCAUGGACGUGGCCAAGGGAAUGAAUUAUUUACACACUAGCCAUCCGAUCAUUGUGCAUCGAGAUCUCAAGACUCCAAACCUCCUUGUUGAUAAAAAUUGGGUCGUUAAGGUUUGUGACUUUGGGAUGUCGCGCCUGCAGCACAAUACUUUUCUGUCUUCCAAAUCGACUGCCGGAACGGCAGAGUGGAUGGCACCAGAAGUUCUAAGGAACGAACCAUCUAAUGAGAAAUCUGAUGUAUAUAGCUUCGGUGUCAUUUUAUGGGAGCUGGCAACUCUGCGAGUGCCAUGGACGGAGAUGAACUCCAUGCAAGUCGUUGGAGCCGUUGGAUUUCAAGACAGACAUCUCGACAUCCCGCCCAUGGUUGAUCCACAGGUGGCAGAUAUAAUACGCGACUGCUGGAUUAGAAACCCACAGGGACGCCCUUCGUUUGCACAGAUUAUUGCUCGACUCAAAGGUGUGCAUCGCCUUAGCGUGCAGAGAACCGACAGUCGUGAAAACCCAUCUCUGAUGUAACAAUAGCUCGGAACUUGUUCGAAGAACCAGUUGAGCAGAAGAAGUGAGUUUUUUAGAAAUCCUCAAAGGUACAGCACCUAAGAAACAUAAUUGGAUUGGGUGGUGGUUCAUUGGCGAAGCUCAAUGCAACCGGAAUCGAAACUCGCCUCGCCUCGACUUCAGCAAGUGGCUCUUAAGUGCAGUUGGGGGAAAACAUUGGGGCUAAAAUUCUUAAGAAAAUGGAGAAAAUGUUUAGAAGGUAUUAGGGUUGGUAAUGUAGCCGAGUAUAUUUGUAAUAAAUCUCUUAGAGAGAGAGAGAUGGGUGGGGUUGGUGUGUUGGGGGGUAGGGGGGGUGGGGUUGGGUAUCUGUUGAGACCAUAAAAGAAGCAACUGUAAAAAAGGGUCUCUGUAGGGUUUGUACCAAAAGAAGAAUUAGUAAAAGAAAAAAAAAAUGACAAAUGUUCGCCAUUUUCGUUGC